CUUCAUAUAUGCUGCUGUACUGCAUAUCGUCUCAGCAUGGCUUAUGUGUCAGGUUUAAAAAAGAAGAAGAGGAAAAAGAAGAUAGUAACUGCCCUCAGGCUUAUGGCCCCUUUGAAGGUCCAAACUAUCACAUUGCUCCACGAUGGGUCUACAACAUCACUUCUCUCUGGAUGAUCUUUGUGGUCGUUGCCUCAGUCUUCACUAAUGGUUUGGUAUUGGUGGCCACUGCCAAAUUCAAGAAGCUACGGCAUCCGCUGAACUGGAUUCUGGUGAAUUUGGCAAUAGCUGACCUGGGUGAGACAGUUAUUGCCAGUACCAUCAGUGUCAUCAACCAGAUCUUUGGCUAUUUCAUCCUUGGCCACCCUAUGUGUGUUGUGGAGGGAUACACUGUGUCUGCUUGUGGUAUCACAGCCCUCUGGUCUUUGGCCAUUAUCUCCUGGGAACGCUGGGUUGUUGUCUGCAAGCCCUUUGGAAAUAUCAAGUUUGAUGCCAAACUGGCCAUGGCUGGCAUUGUCUUCUCCUGGGUGUGGUCUGCCGUCUGGACAGCACCACCCAUCUUUGGCUGGAGUAGGUAUUGGCCUCAUGGGCUGAAAACCUCCUGUGGUCCAGACGUAUUCAGUGGCAGUGAUGACCCUGGUGUUCAGUCUUACAUGAUUGUCCUCAUGAUCACUUGUUGCUUCCUUCCCCUUUCUGUCAUUAUUCUCUGCUACUUACAAGUGUGGAUGGCUAUCCGUGCAGUCGCUGCCCAGCAGAAAGAGUCAGAAUCUACACAGAAGGCUGAGAGGGAAGUGUCGAGGAUGGUAGUGGUCAUGAUCAUUGCCUAUUGCUUCUGCUGGGGACCAUACACAAUCUUUGCCUGUUUUGCUGCUGCCAACCCAGGCUAUGCCUUCCACCCCCUUGCAGCUGCUUUGCCUGCCUUCUUUGCAAAGAGCGCCACCAUCUAUAACCCAAUUAUCUACGUCUUCAUGAACAGACAGUUCCGUAACUGCAUAUUGCAGCUCUUUGGCAAGAAGGUGGACGAUGGUUCUGAAUUAUCCUCCACUUCCCGCACUGAGGUUUCAUCUGUCUCUAACUCCUCUGUAUCACCGGCAUAAGAGCCCCCUGCCUGAAUAGACACCAAGCCAGGAGACUCUGCCUCCCAGAAGAGCCCCCGUAAGAUCUUUCCCUUCCUCCUGGACUGCUGCCGUAUGGAUUCCCUAUGAGCAUAUCAAAUACCGGCCUGCCAUCUCCACAGACCCUCUCCUUUGAACCUAGACCGUAACCUAAGAUGGGAGUGCUGCUAUUUUUCCAGUGCUUUGGGGGAGGGAAAUGUUUCUGCUUUCCUUUCAGAAUUGUUUGGGGAUAGAGGUGAAGGGGAUGAAGAAUUCCCUGUUAAAUAUCCCAUCUUUCUGCAGCUUUCCUGGGAGGUGUUGUUUGGACACUCGUUCCCAAGAUCCUGAAUUAGUCUUCCUGUACAGCCCGCCUCAGUCCUCCCCGCCAAUGGAGCAAAAUAAAAGGGGUUCCCUGUGGAAAGCAUAUAGCUUUUGUAAAGCAAGUCUGUCCGAGGCCCUCUUAGCAGUGAACUUGCCCCAGUAUCCAUAUCUUCCCUAAAUGCUCCCCUUCCUGUGGCAGGAUGGACUGAUGGAUGUGUCCCAAGAGGGAAGAUUACCCACUGUUUGGCCAUGCAGGCCAUAUUCCGAUUCCCUUUUGCUCUGUCUCUCUAUGAAGUUUUCACUGGUGCCAGGGAUUUUGUUGAAGGGGGGCUGGAAGGAGAAAACGUUUGUCCCCCGAGGUGUCUGUGCCUCAGCCAGGUUGGAUGCAUUGAAUCCUAGUGCUGUUGAAUGUGGGAAUGAUUCAGAGAUGGGGUAGAACCUGUGAGACUCAGCACGAGCCACCUUGGUCAUCCAAGGGACUUUGUGCUUCUCCCCAGCAUGGCUGAACCGGAACCAUUCUGUACAUAGUGUUUGAUACUAAAGCCUAUUGUGUCCCUGGGACAUCUAGCUAGAAAUGCAAUGAGGAAAAAUGGAAAAAAAAAACUACAGCAGUGAG